UCUAAUUUCUUACACUCAUUGUCCUAACAUUUUUAAUCAUGGCCAAACACAAUACAAAUUCUCAAACCCUAAUAAUCUCUCUCCUCAAUUUAGGAACUCUACUCAUCUCUCUAGCAUGUCCGGAAUGCCACUACCCAACUCCUCCAAUCAAUCCACCAAAGCUACCGCCACAUUUGCCUCCGAAACACCCGCCGGUAAUGAAACCACCGCCCUCCUCCACGCCACAUCCUCCGGUCGUCGUAAAUCCACCACCGUACGUCCCAAAACCACCGCCCGUCGAGCCAAAACCUCCGGUAGUCGAACCACCAACCGUACCUAAACCUCCAAUUGUGCACCCUCCGAUUGUGUAUCCCCCGACCAUACCUAAUCCACCGGUUAUCCAUCCUCCAAUCAUACCUAAUCCACCGGUUAUCCAUCCUCCAAUCAUACCUAAUCCACCCGUUGUCCAUCCUCCAAUCAUACCUAAUCCACCCGUUAUCCAUCCUCCAAUCAUACCCAAACCUCCGAUCAUGCCAAAACCACCGACAGUCGAACCACCACCAAAACCACCGGUCGUACCAAAACCACCACCGGAAACUCCAUGUCCUCCACCGCCACCACCACCGACACCGAAAGAAACACCGUGCCCACCACCACCGCCGGCAAAAAAGUCGCCCGAAAAAUGCCCGAUCGACACAUUGAAGCUAGGGGCGUGUGUGGACGUAUUAGGCGGGCUAGUGCACAUAGGAAUCGGGCAGAGCCCGAAGAAUGCAUGCUGCCCGGUACUCGAAGGGCUGGUCGACUUAGACGCGGCCCUUUGUCUUUGCACCGCAAUUAAAGCUAAGCUGCUCAACAUCAAUAUUCUUAUACCUAUUGCUCUACAAGUUCUUGUGGACUGCGGCAAAACUCCACCGUAUGGGUUCCAGUGCCCUGCCUAAGCUUUAUUACAAGAUUUAAUUUAAAGUUUCCUAUGUAUUUAAUAAGUUUUACGUGGGAUGUUAUUGUAUAGUAACAUCCGUAAAUUUUCGCAUUUUUCGUCGAAUGUGAAAAUGAAUUGUAAUUGCAAUAAUGCAUUUUGAAUUGUAAUUUAUUAAGUUCCAAUUAGUUAUAUCUA